AUGGCGCCUAUAGGCAUACUUCUAAGUACGGUCUUUGGGGCUAUCCUUGAAGUGUUCUUGCUAUGUCUUGCAGGGUAUAUCUUGUCUAGGAGGGGUAUACUUGAUAAGAAAACACAGAAGCAAAUCAACCGCCUCAAUGUCUCACUGUUCACGCCUUCCCUACUCUUCUCCAAGGUUGCAUUUUCUUUAACACCAGCGAAACUACGAGAAUUAUGGAUAAUACCGAUUUUUUUCUUCGUGGUCACUGGAGUUUCUAUGGGUAUUUCCUACAUCCUUGGUUUAAUAUUUCGUCUCAAAAAGUCGCAGAGGAAUUUCGCGAUUGCUGCUGCCAUGUUCAUGAAUUCCAAUUCCUUGCCGAUCGCUCUAAUGCAAAGCCUGGUCGUCGCUGUGCCGAAUCUAAAAUGGGAGGAUGAUGAUACGAAGAAUUCGAUGCUCGGUCGAGCGUUGUCGUAUCUUGUCCUAUCCAGUACACUCGGCAUGGUCUUGCGUUGGAGUUAUGGAGUGCAUCUUCUGUCUCAAGCUGAUCCUGAGGGGUCUGAUUCUGACAAUCACGAGUAUGGAAGUGGUUCUCGAAUGCGUGGAGAGCGUUACACUGACAACCCGGAAACGCAACCGCUCCUGGUUGACUUAGAAGAAGACACCCAGCCGAGUACAACCCGAGUACAUCAUCAAACGCCAUCGAUUAUAUGCCACGAACACCAGGAUGACGAAGAAUCUUCUAUCCGUGUAAAAGCCUCUCAUCCACGCGGAUGGCCAGAAAUCCGGCCUCAAGUAUUUUACUCAUUUCCAAAUACCCCCACACGUUCAUAUGCCAAUCUUCUCGACGCAUCUACGAACCCCUCCUCUGCGACACUCGCCGUGCCGUUUGUGAAUACUGUCCGCCCGCCCAAUGAGUCUGACUUUGAGUCCGACACCGACGAACCGCUGUUCCUCCCAUCUACGACUCAUCAUGAGCGUCUUAUUGCGCCUCCGCCUAUUUCAACCAAGAAAAGCUUACUUCGCCGUAUCGGUCGCCGUGUACGAAAGUUCCUUAAAGCCGUAAACUCGUUUAUGUCCGUUCCACUCUGGGCUGCACUACUAUCUCUCAUAGUAGUUCUCAUCCCACCCCUCCAGCAUACGGUCGAUUACCAUAUGCAACCAUUCAAAGGUGCUCUCGCCGCUGCAGGCAACUGCUCAAUCCCGCUCACGCUUGUCGUCCUCGGCGCUUACUUCUAUAAACCACCCGUAAAAGAUGAAAAACGUUCGUCAGAGCAUGAACACUCGGAUGGAAAUGCAUCCACAGAGCAGAACGGACACACAGAACGGGAUACAAGCCGAAGAAGCGACCGAUCGACCUCCUCUUUUGUAGGUAGCGUGCGUAGCACAAUGAUGCGUUUGAGCCGGUUAGAUCGCUGGGAAGCAAAUCGUUCCAAGGAUAAGUCCAAGAAAGCAAAGCCGCGACCAGGAGAGACACGAACUGUCGUCAUAGCCGUUGUGUCACGCAUGGUGCUAACUCCACUCGUACUUCUCCCAUUGAUGGCGCUCGGCGCGCGUUAUGAUAACCCGAAAGUCUUCGACGACCCUGUUUUCAUCGUUUCAAACGUUCUACUGGUCUCCUCACCGCCCGCUCUGACACUUGCUCAGAUGACACAAGCUGCUUCUGGCGAUGCCUUUGAGCGACUCAUCAGCCGCACCAUCUUCUGGUCGUACUGUAUUGUCACACCUCCCGCUACGAUUCUCUAUGUCGUUCUUGGUCUCCUGGUGGCAAAACUCUGAUUGAGAAUCCAACAUUUCCAUCUACGUUACAUAUGUUUCCGAUAGACAUGCAAGUUCUAGUUGCACUACAUUUUAAACCCUAUCUUUGCUCAUAUUUGUUUUCCUUUAUUGAAAUUUAUUCC